GUUGAAAUUGCGCACUUCACAAGUUCAGAGAAGGAAGGGAAGUGCUGAUGCUCUCAAAGGCAUUGACAGAUAUUAUGGAAAGUCUGCCGUGAGCACCUGGCCUAGACUCAAGAAAAACACCAGCUCCGCAUCAGCGCUACAAGUUAAUCUUCGCUGAAAGACAACUGUAGUUAGGCAGAUCAAACUUCGACACAUUUUCGACUCCCGUGCCUUUGGUUUUUAUCUAGCCCUGAAAAUCGACAAUGAUCUGAGGAAAAGUUGAACCAACUUAAAAGAAUUCAUCGAAUGAGCUAGUAGACAAGUGACGCUUCUCGGCAAUAAGCAUGCGAUGGUAUCGUUUAGGAGCAAUAAAGUUUGACUAAAUGUAUUUUAUUUACUGGGAUCGUUUUCUGAAUCAAAGGAUAUCAUGGCGGGAAUUUACGGGAAUUUAUCACGUCUGGUUUGCUAUAUCGUCUGCAUAUUUCAAAUGAUCACAUCUGUGCUAUCACAAGAUCCAUGCGCGACCAGUCCUUGUCUGAGUGAUGCCACGUGUGUUGCUGUAUCUCCCAAUCAGUACUCCUGCCUCUGCCCAGCUGGCUUCACCGGUAGCACUUGCACUUUAGACACGCCAUGUUUUCCUAAUCCCUGUCAAAAUGGCGCUGGUUGCAUCAAUCGAAUAGAUACAUUCCAAUGUUCCUGUCCUGUGGGUUAUUCUGGACAACUCUGUGAGAUAGUCGAUAAUUCUUGCGUUCGAGGACCUUGUAAGAACGGUGGUUCGUGUAUAUCUGACGGAGCUGAUUUCGUUUGUAGGUGUGCCUUCGGUUGGAUGGGAGAGACCUGUGAGGAACCCGAUGCGUGUAAUAGUCAACCGUGUCUGAAUGGAGGUACUUGUUUUACGGCCCUUGGUGGUUUAUUACAUCACUGUACGUGUAGAAAUGGCUUCACUGGUAGCGAUUGUGAAAUCAACAUGCUCCCGUGUAUCAGCAAUCCAUGCAUGAACGGUGGUCUAUGUUUCCAACCUCAAAAUACAUAUGACUACAGUUGUAUUUGUGAUGACGUUUUUACCGGGACCAAUUGCGAAACCAGAAUAAAUCCAUGUUUGAGCAACCCUUGCCAGAACAGAGCAGUAUGUUUCAGUAGUCAAGAUAAAACAAGUUUUGCUUGUAACUGUGCCGAUGGAUUUGAAGGGACUUUAUGUGAAAAUCUUAUUCCCGCAUGUCGUAGCAAUGCCUGCCAAAAUGGAGCAACUUGCACGGAGACAAAUGUAAACACAUACAACUGCACGUGUCCAGAAAACUACUAUGGAACUCACUGUGAAAUAGCUGGUUCGUGUAUCGCUAAUAAUGAGUGCAGGAAUGGAGCAACCUGUGUGGGUGGAUUCACACCAGCUGAUCAAUCAUGUUUGUGUCGUCCCUAUUAUCACGGUGAACAGUGUGAACAAGAUGAACGUAGUCCCUGUUUAAGCGACCCAUGUAUGAACGGUGGAUCGUGUUUUAGCUCAGAUCCUUCGAGAUACGUUUGCACAUGCCCAGCUGGAUACGAUGGCAUACAUUGUGAAAUAGAAACAUGUCCCAUUAUCCCUUGUCAGAACGGUGGAUCUUGCGUAGAAUAUAAACAGAGUCAAUAUUGUGUGUGUACUGAUGACUGGACGGGUUCAUUCUGUGAACUUGCAAUUCAGAACUGCGAUCCUAACCCGUGUAAGAAUAAUGCAUUCUGUGCAAAGAUUGGAGGAGAAACCACAUGUUAUUGUCCUCGAGGAUUCAGAGGGGAGUUCUGUGAAACUAUGAUCAUCAAUUUCAACAUAUUUAAUUCAGCAAAUCGGCAACUUCCUGGUCUGUAUCUUAUUUUCUCAGGAGUCUUUCUAAACUUCGUGUCAUCAUUUUUAUCAUAAACCUUGAUUUGUAAUGACUAGUCAUGGGCUAGUUUUGUAAGACAUUAUCUGAAAUUAAAGCCUUGUGUUCUCAUUGAGAAAAUCACUGAGCCCAUCUUGAACAUGUAAUCAAGAGGAGGUUUCAUUCCGCGAUCUACCUAUUGGACCAUAACAUUAAAAAAAAUGAGUCCAUCGUACAAUACUUUUUAUGACUGAUUGUAUAAAGUAAUUAAUGCAGCCAAUCAUAAUAUAAGUCGACAAGUUUGCGUUAGGUCAUUUUUCCUAAAAAAAAGGAAACGAUCCAUGAUGGUUAAACGUUGUCCUUUCGCUUUUUGUCAUAACUGAAAGGUGAAAGUGUGAUCUGACGAAAAUGUUUCGACUGCUACUUUUACAUUUUUUAUUGUUAAAAUGAUGUAUAGCUGUAAACAUCGAUUAUAUUUAAUUUUUCAUUAUAAUUUUAAAGACAUCCUCUAUCAACUGUGUAAUUAUUUACUCAUUUCACUGUCAUAUUCAAUUAUUCUCAAAAGCGAUUGAAAUUAUUUUAACAUAUAAUUAUGUAUAAUUGUGUUAUAUGUAUACAGCUUACAUGAACAUGCAAAGAUGUUCAAAGAUAGUUCAAUAUUUUAAGAUCAUAUUUAUUUCUUUACACGUUUUAUAGAACCUUCUUUUAUUUUUAAGGAAAUUGACUGAUUUUUAAAGGAAAUCAAAUGAAUUAUGGGUGGUGGCGGUUAUAUUGAUAUGUAUACAAAUAUUUAUGAAGUAUUUUAAUGUUUAAAAUGAUCUAAAUCGUACAUUAUUUUGCAAUGUUUUAUUAUUGUCAAAACACUCGCCCCUAUAUUAUAGCAAACUCGGCGGAUCCAGGAUUGAUCCGUAAGAGGGGGGGGGGUUCCAGGGGUGGUGCCAUGACUUUUUUUGAAGUGGGUGAGGACAACCUAUACAAAAAUAUAAAACAGGGGUAAUAGAGAAUUACACGACUCAGACCUCUUAUUUCGACACUACUCUUCCUGAAAUAUUCACCCGUCUCCUUUUCCCCUCAAAUGAUGAGAAAUGGGAUCUCUUUCGUCCAAAAUUCAGUGAAAAAUAAUACUUCACAUUAUCAAAUCAUGCCCCUUUCACAUUUCUAUUGUCUUUCCAAAAACUUUUAUAUUUUCCUCGAAAAUCCCCCCCCUGGAUCCGCCACUGUUUA